AUGCAGUUCAUCUUCGUCACCCUUGCCCUUGUUGCCGGCGUCAUUGCCGGAAACCCCCACGUUGCUGGCGGUAAGAGCUGCUCCAGCGGCCAGUCUGUUGUCUGCAAGGACAACGGCAACGGUGGUCUCCUCACCCUCGGCAACGUCGCCCCUGGUGCUCUCGGUGUUGACUGCUCUGGCGGUGAUGUCUACUGCUGUGAAGACAAGGAUGUCGAGUCCGGCCUCGUCAACCUGGAUGUCAACGCUCAGUGCUCUCUCAACCACGUUCUGUAA